AUGAAGCUCUCCCUCGCGGUCUCUCUAACGGCUCUCGUGGCUGCCGUCGUGGCUACCUACAUAGAACAGGACGUCCCGCAGUGUCUGGUCGACUGCAUUUAUGAAGUGAAUAUUACCCGUGGGCUUGACAUUCCCAGUUUCUGUGACAGACCCGACUUCCAUGUGGCAGUCGGACUGUGUAUGGGUGGGAAUGAUGGAAAGAGUGGGAAGUGCUCGGAGGAGGAUCAGAAGAUUGUUUGGGAUUUCCGUAGGUCUCUCUGUGAUCCGUGA